AUGUCGACCCAAGCUACCACGUCUCCCUCCGGGCAGAACGGUCAGACGGAAUACAAAAUCCCCAACUUGAAAAACAUCAAUACUUGGAAACAAACUCAAUGGCCAGAACUGAAGAAUGAUAUGAUAUUACGUGCUGUCAAUGGCGAAGAGACGGACAGGGCUCCGGUUUGGGUCAUGAGACAAGCUGGGAGGUAUUUGCCAGAAUUCUUAGCCCUUCGAGCCGAUCAUUCAUUUUUCGAAUGUUGUCAAACCCCAACAUUAUCUUCAACAUUAACUCUACAACCUAUCCAACGUUAUCCAUUAUUAGAUUCUUCCAUCAUAUUCUGUGAUAUUUUAGUAGUACCUCAAGCAUUAGGAUUAGAAGUUUUGAUGGAACCUCAACGUGGACCUGUUCUACCUUCUCCUUUAAUCGACCCUGGUCAUCUUACAAGACUAAAAACAGAAGUUGAUGUGGAGAAAGAAUUAGGAUACGUAUUUGAAGCUAUUACGAUGACUAGGAGAAAGUUGGAAGGGAAAAUACCUUUGAUAGGUUUUUGUGGUGCUCCUUGGACUUUGAUGGCUUAUAUGGUGGAAGGUGGUGGUAGUAAAACUUUUGAAAAAUCAAAGAGUUGGUUAUAUAAAUGGCCAGAGGAGAGUAAAGGGUUGUUGAAAAGGAUUGCGGAUGUUUGUGCGGAUUUGUUGAUUGGGCAGGUUUUAGCUGGCGCUCAGCUACUCCAAGUAUUCGACUCCUGGGCGGGUGAAUUGACACCACACCAAUUCCAACAAUUCGCCUUACCAUCCCUUUUACACAUUUCACAUAAAGUACAUCACGUACUUUCCACCUUGGGUCAUCCAUCUAUACCCAUCAUCUUAUUUCCGAAAGGUGUUCAUUCACCUCAAUCUCUCCGACUGCUGAGUGAUCCAAAGAUCACCGGAUAUUCAGCAUUAGGAUUGGAUUGGACUUUAGAUCCUGUGGAAGUCAGGGAGAUCGUAGGGAUGAAAGUUGCUUUACAAGGCAAUUUCGAUCCUGUUGUUUUGUAUGGUGGGAGGGAAGGUAUAGAGAGGGAAGUGGAGAGGGUUUGUGAUCGGUGGAAAUCAGCAGGAGGGGGAUGGAUAGCAAACUUGGGACACGGGAUCACACCAGGUGUCAAACCGGAAGACAUGGGUUGGUUUUUGGAAUGUGUCCAUCGGUUUUCGAAGCGGUAG